UUAUCAAUCUGUCCAAGUAGCAUUCUUGGCCUUCCUCCAAUUACCCUUGCCGCUUCUUGUUCAGCAGGUAUAACUGCUGCAGCUGCUUCUGUGGGCGUUCAUUUACUCCAAUUGGAGGCUUCUCCUUCUGCAUUAGAAACACCUGAUCAAGAAAAAUUAUCUCCAUUUGGUUCUCUACUUUUAUUGCCAAAAAUUGAUCAAUCCAGAAGAGCCAGUAAUGAAAGUCAACAAAGCUAUAAUAAUCAAUUUUUGGAUGUUCCAGACCAAAAAAGGGCUUCUUUUCUUUCUUUAAGAGAGGAAAGAAGGAGAGCAACACUUGAAACUAAUCAAAAUUUAAAAAGGCCUGAAAAACGAAUUUCCUUUAAUUUACCUCAUCAGAAAUUGACAAAAAAUUUAAAUGAAAAUGAAAUAAAUUUUAAGAAAAAUAGAGGAAUAGCCCAAUUACGAAGAAAUUUUCUUCUUUCUAUUGCAAGUAAAAGAAGAGAAUCAGUUAAGGAUAUUGAAGGGCAAAUGGAAGAUAAAAAUGUUGAUGUUUCUGAGCUAACUAAAAAAUCUCUCUUAAAAAUUGAAUCACCCAAAGAGAAUCAACAGCAACAAAAGAGAAGAUUAUCAACUUCUUUAUUUAAAGUAUUACUUGGCAGAUUUCCUCAAAAUAAUUCUGAAAGAUCAAUUGAUUCUGUCUCGAAUAGUCCACACAGGAAAAUGUACACACUUUCUGCUGAAACUAAUUAUGUUGGAUGGACACCUUUAAUUUAA